AUGAAAGAUCAACUAAUGGGGCAACCAAUUGCACGUAAUGUCAUACAUACAUCCAUUAAAGCACAUAUAAAUACCAAAAAUCCAGCUAAAGCACUUGUGCUUUUGUUACAUGGAAGUACUGGCACAGGAAAAAAUUUUAUUAGUAAACUUAUUGUCGAAAGUCUUUACAAAAAAGGCUACAAAAGUGGAUAUGUUCGACUGUAUGUUGCUUCUCGUGAUUUCAUGCACGAUGAUGAACAUAGUAUUCAAGAAUACAAGGCUCGAAUUAAGAAAGAUAUUGAAAAAGGAACAAGUACUUGUGAACAUGCAACAUUUAUUUUUGAUGAAGUUGAUAAACCUUAUGUUCAGUCAUUAUUAUUGGAAAUUAUUUUGCAUUAUACUCAUUUUUAUACUGAAAGAUAUCCCAUACCAAUUGAUUUUCGUAAAACUAUAUUUAUUUUUUUAAGCAAUACCGGUGGAAAAGAAAUCAAUCGUAUAGCUUUUAAAUAUCAUUUAGAUUCUGUAAAGCGUGAGGAUUAUAAGAUAGCGGAAUUUCAAAAAGAACUUGGAAAUGCUGCGCAUAAUGAAGAAGGUGGAUUAUGGCAUGCAUCAUUAAUUAAUCGGCAUUUAGUAGAUUUUUUUGUACCAUUUUUACCACUUGAACGUUCACAUGUUAGUACCUGUAUUCAACGACAACUUGCUAUUGUUCGUAAACAUGAAGAAUAUCAAUAUAAAUUAUCUGAUAAUGACAUUGUUGCUAAAGUUCUUGAUUUAAUUGAAUUCUCACCACCAGAUGCACAACUUUAUUCUGUAUCAGGGUGUAAAAAAGUCGCACAAAAACUUGAUUUUAUAUUAGAAGGUAUUCGAAUGAAACCAGUGCAGACCAAAACCGAAUUUUAA